CGGGUUGGCGCCAGCUCUGUGGUGGGAGCGGAGUUCCCCAGACAUCCCUCGGCAGAUAAACCCUCCUGCCCUCCUCCCAAGUCUCCCUUGUCUAUGUUCUGAAGUGCCGCCGCAGCUUCGUUAGAGGGCACUCGUGAAUAACGGCACGCAGCGUUCGCCACCGACUCUGCAGGGAAAAGUCCCGAUGCAAAUGUAAUUUGCCGCCCCAGAGCAGGAGAAGCAAGAGCUUGGGCUGACAACACUGAGCUGUAGACCACCAAGCUCAGCAUCCCGAUCUGGUGCCACCUUUGGGAGGAUGAAUCAGGACGGUGACUCAAGUGAUCAGCCCACGGGCCAGGACCCACUCCUGCUGCUGAAAACCCUUCAGCUUCUCUGGACAAAGAAGGAGAUGAAGAAGCAGCUCAAGGAAGAAAUCAGGCGGGGCUUUGCGGGGCUGGAGGACCCAUUGGCAGGACUCCUGGACAUGCUGGAGAGCAGCAGCGAUUGGAAGGGGAAAGGGCAUUCCCUCGGGUAUUACAUCAGCACGGAGCUGCAGCUUUGGAUAAAAGAGCAUCCUGCUGUUCAACAGUCUGGCAUCAAGCUGAAGAAACUGCAGGCCCGUGUACUCCAAAUACUAGCCCAGUGCCCAGCUAAUCUUCUUGACCCUCUGAUUAGCAUUUACCAGCUCCAUACAGCAGACCGGAACUAUUUGCUUGAGCACGUCAGUCAUCUUUAUCACGAGGGCCGUUACAAAGAGGCAGCCAUGCUGAGUAUUAAGCUAAAAUUACAGCCAGAUCAAGAUGUGGAGAAGAUGUGUACACCGCUACUGCUCCAAGAUAAAACUAACUUGGUGGAAGAUUAUGUGGGAGAAUAUCCUGAGCUCCAGAGCAAGCUCUUGCAGAUCCUGGACACAUGGUGUGAACCUGGUUUUAAUAUCAGCAACAUCACAAGACAGUAUCAAGGCCUGUCCAGGUACAAACCAGAUAAAUUUAACCGCAAAAUGCUAAACAAGCUGGUCUUCAGACUCCUCGACCGAUUUAACGUAGAUCCAGCUCUCUGCCCUAAUGUCAUAAAUCAACGGCACUUGAGAACUCUGAACUACCUCUUUUACAAGAGAUUUGUUGAGAAAACCAUGACUCAGGAGAAUUGGACAGAUCACGUUCAGAGCACAGUUGGAGAGAAUCGGUGGCUUCAAGGGCACCUGAUCCAGUUGAUAAUCAGUUACUGUGAUUUGAACGCAGCGGCAAGAUGGGCACAACGCUACAAUUUGCCCAAGGAGAUGCUGCCUUACGGAGUGGCUGAGGAGCUUCAAAAGCUUCAGAUCCAAGAGAGGGUAGAAGAGGCCGCGAAAGCAGACAAUUACGAAGAGAGUAAGAAGAAGGAUUAUUACCAGCUUCCUAUUCCACGGGCGAAUAUUCACUUCCUGCAGACGUGGGAAGAGACCCUGCAGUGCUGGGAAAAGGUGCUGCAGCCCGGGCAGGUUGUUGGCAUUGACAUGGAGUGGAAGCCUUCGUUCGGCAUGGUUGGGAAGCCUCGCGUCUCCCUCCUUCAAAUCGCUCUGAAGGAUGAGGUGUUCCUGCUUGACUUGCCGCGGCUCCUUGAGCAAGCUGAGGCCGAGGGUGAGAAGGAGAAGCUUCCCUGUUUCAUCCAGAUGCUCUACUCAGAUGCAGCCAUCACUAAACUAGGUUAUGGGAUGUCUGGAGACCUUAACACCCUUGCAGCCACAUGGUCUGCUUUGAAAGACGCGGAUAAGCAAGCGCGAGGUGUGGUGGACCUACUCAAAGUGGACAAACAACUGCAGAAGAGCUCCAUUGACUGGAAGAGGGGUGGCUGGAAGGUCGAUGUACUGUCCCCGGAGCAGAGCUCUGAGGAUAGAGGGUUCAGGCAGCCGGAGAAAGGACUCAGCCUCUUGGUGCAACAUGUGCUGGGGAAACCUCUGGAUAAAACAGAGCAGCUGUCUAACUGGGAGAAACGGCCUCUCCGGGAGGAACAGAUCCUCUACGCAGCUUCAGAUGCGUACUGUUUGCUGGAGAUCUACGAGAAACUCUGUAAGGAUCCAGCAAGCUUUGGUCUGAGUUCAGACCUGACGGAGAGCCUGGUGGGAAAACCAAGCGUAAAACCCAGGUCAAAGAAGCAGCUGAAUAAACAAGAAGUACCGUCACCUUCUGGACAGCAAUGCCAGGGAUCUGACAAGGAGAGCCCGCGUCCCCCCGCUCCCAUCUCCCCGAAGGAGUUCAGUGUGGUCUGCGAUAACAUGCUGCAAGGCCUCGGGCGCUACCUCCGCUGCCUCGGCGUGGAUGUCCGCAUGCUGGAGAAUGAGGAUGACCACAGGAAAGCUGCUGAGAUUGCCCGACAGGAAGGAAGAGUCAUUUUAACCUCUGGACUCCCAUAUCAGACUCUCCAGUCCCAGGUAGCAGAAGGAAGGUGUUUCUCUGUGAACUGCUCAGAAAAGGCAAGAGAACAGGCCCUGCAGGUUCUGAAGCACUUCAACGUUCAAGUGUCCCUGGCGGAUAUCUUCAGCCGCUGCCAGGUCCGGGGCUGCCGCCUGCCCCGGGGACAAGCGGGCUGGCUCGGACAACGCUGCGCAUCGCCCACGCCGGACCCUCUCGAUGUGUGGAGCUGGGGAGGAGCGCCGGGGAGCCGGGCUGGGCUGAAGGUGCCGGACAGACUUUCCUGGCUGCUCCUCUCUCACAGCUGCAGUGAGUUUGGCAGUGCUCUGCCUGCCCCUCCCUGGAGAGCGCCAACCUCUUCAGGACCGGUGGGAUUGGGUUGGCAGCGGGAAGCCCGGGGACGAGCGUCCCGACUCAGCUCUGCGCCUCUCCUCUGCGCCAGCUCUCCCUCCUCCCGCCUCAUCCGCCCCGGCUGCUGGGUGUGCAACUGCGACAAGUACCUGAAGGUCACGAGGGAGAGGAUGAGGCAGCUGGUGGAGGGCAGCAGGCAGGCGCCGGGGCACGGUGGCGCAGGCUGCCUGGCAAGGAGCGAGGAGAAGCCCAGCCCAGGCUGCGAUGCCGCCGUGCCAGCCUGCGACGCUGCCCAGCCCGGUUCCCCCCGGCACGGCGAGCGGCUGGAGGGGCCAGAACAGCACGGGGCGUCCGCAGCGCUGGUGGGGGACACGGUCCUGCAGGUUGGUGCCAUCCCCCCCGGGGUGCUGGACAAAGCCGAGCUCACCGACUUCUACUGCUGCACCCGCUGCGGGAAGGUGUUUUGGGAAGGGUCCCAUUUUGGACGCGUCGUCUCCCAGUUUCAAGACGUUCUUGUCACUGCCGGGGAUGAGCAGAGCAUCUACGAGCUGAGCUGAGGAAGGACACGGGGGCUCGGGACGGCUCCGCAACAGCACAGGGACCACAGGGGACAUGAUCCCCGGUGAACCUCAGCAGAUUUUGGGCUGUGGGUUUGUGGCGAGUCUGGAAGGCGG